CGCCGUGGGCACGCGCACGGGGGGCUGUGCUCUGCUCUCUCUGCUCUCUGACCCCAGUGGCAGCUCCGACUCACUGCACUCCGGCUCCCCCUGUGUCAGACCGAGGCUGCUCUCUCUCUCUCCCUCUCUCUGUCCCAGUGUCUGUCAGUGUCUCUCGCCCUCUCCGGCUCGCUCGCUCUCUCUGUCUGUCUGGUUUCCACAGGAGCCAGCCGAGGUCCCCCCGGGUCGAAGGUUCUGCCCUACCCGCCCAGACUGCAACCCCGGACGGCCACGAAAACCUGCCUCCUCCCGCAUGGACCCGCGUCUCUCAACCGCGUAGAGGGCGACCCCGACACUCUGUAUCGGCCAAAAAACACGAAGACUGCAGUGUGUGUGGUGCUUCAGACGGUGGGCCGGGGCGCUGCUGUGAGACUCCUCCGGUUCUUCAGCGGUUCUGAAGGAUGACCGCUGCACGGCUCACUAUUGAAUCCUGGUGAACGGCGUCUGAUGUCCAAACGGCGGAAGCAUGGCUCAUGGCAAAGUGACCAUCACUGUGGACGAGUACAGCUCCAACCCCACACAGGCCUUCACACACUACAACAUCAACCAGAGCCGCUUCCAACCCCCACAUGUCCACAUGGUGGACCCUAUUCCCUAUGACACUCCCAAGCCGGCAGGACACACCAGGUUUGUGUGUGUAUCCGACACACACUCACGUACAGACGGGAUCCAGAUGCCAUACGGCGACGUGCUGCUGCACAUGGGCGACUUCACCGAGCUGGGCCUUCCCUCCGAGGUUAAGAAGUUCAACGACUGGCUAGGUGGCCUUCCAUAUGAGUUCAAGGUGGUGAUCGCUGGGAAUCACGAGCUGACCUUCGAUAAGGACUUUAUGGCCGAGUUGGUCAAGCAGGAUUACUACCGUUUCCCCUCGGUCUCCAAACUCAAACCAGAGGACUUUGACAAUGUCCAGUCGCUCCUCACAAACUGUGUGUACCUCCAGGACUCGGACGUCACCGUUAAGGGAUUCCGGAUAUACGGGGCGCCAUGGACUCCGUGGUUUAACGGCUGGGGAUUCAACCUGCCUCGAGGCCAGUCUCUGCUGGAUAAAUGGAACCAGGUCCCUGAGGGCAUCGACAUACUCAUGACCCACGGACCUCCCCUCGGUUUCCGAGACUGGGUUCCAAAAGAGCUGCAGCGGGUCGGCUGUGUGGAGCUGCUCAACACGGUGCAGAAGAGGGUUCGGCCCAAACUCCACGCCUUCGGGGGCAUUCAUGAGGGCUACGGGAUCAUGACAGACGGCUACACGACGUUCAUCAACGCCUCGACCUGCACUGUCAGCUUCCAGCCCACCAACCCACCCAUCGUGUUCGACCUGCCCAACCCCUCCAGCUCCUGAGACCCAGUUGCAAGGGGAGGGGCGGGGCUGAGGGGGGGAGGGGGCGGGGCGCGGGGAUGGACACGGCCAGAAUAAACUACAUUUGUUUUUUUCUAUAAAUAUGUCGAGAAAAAAAAAUUCUAAGUGUUUCUUUGAAAACUUUCGGUCUCCUCCGAAGUGUUGUUGAGAAUUGAGAAGGUUUGGAGAUGUGGGGGUGGGGAGGGUUGUUUUUGGGGGGGGCGGGGUUAAAGGAGAAUACCAGUGUUUUGUUUUUUGUUUUUUUGUCAGUACCAGCGGUCCAGGUUCCUCCCUGGUGUCUGCACCCAGUCAGCAUAGUUGGAGAUGACAGGCCUUCUUUUCCUUCUUCUGAAGUAGCCGUUCCCUGCCAUUCAUUCUUGUACAAUAUGAAAAACAAAGAUAAUCCAUCACGUGACGUAAACACGAAGCCUGCGUUUGGUUUGGUCGCAUUUUCUGUUUUGGCUUUUCAAAACUGGUUUAACGCCAUGAUGUUUGUAUUCUAAAAACAACAGCUUAAACGAUCUAAUUAACAAACAGCAUGCUGUAGAGAUCAGCUGGGGAAAUGUAAGCUGGACGCGGACAGAGGUAAAUGGGCUGUAGCUCUGAAUGACACUGGUGUUCUCCUUUAAAAAGGGAUUUCGUGGUUAAACAAUCUAACUCUUGAUAAAUAUUGGUCAGAUCUGUAAGAUAAAUGAUGCUUUGUGAAUUUGUACAAUUUCUUUAUUUUUUGUUUUGCGUUGGCUGGACAAUGGAUGCCAUUAUUUUAUUUUGUAUCAUGUAAUAUUUUGUGUUUAGGAUUUUUUUUUUUUUCUCGUCAGUUCCUCUUUUCUUAUUGGCUGACAGGGACGCUGCCUUAAACUAGCUUUAAUGUUCUCAGCUAGAGCCCCCACUCUCUGCUAGCUCAGAGAAAAGCCCUUAUUUAUUACCCAUCAUCCCAGCAAAACAACACCUCACCAACGCAGGGACAGAAAGCUAUCAAAUUCUAGCCCUAAAAACAAACUCUCUAACAUCUUAUGGAUUUCUGAUAAAAAUUUGGAAAAUGUAUGUAAAAAUAUAUAUAUAUUAUAUAUUCAUGUUGUAAAACAUCUGUACUAAAAGUUGUGUUUGACAAAAAAAAAGAAAAAAAUUAUGGUGCAUUUUUUUGUGUAUGCACCUGUAUGAUUGACAUGUUUCUUUACCACUCCCAUCAGACGCUCUAAAGAGAUUUCUUUAAUGUUUUUUGUAUGGACUCCCCCAGUAGGGUAGAGCUUCAUCUUGGAUGAGAGAGGAAAUUUUG